AUGCAAAACAUAGAAGAAUUAGUUCAACAAUUAAUUAUCUCUGAUGAUAAUGAUAAUGAUUAUAUUAAUUUAACAUCAUCAAAAUUAUCAGAAGAGAAUCAACAAAAACAACAACUACAAAAAGAAAAAGAAAAAGAAAAAGAAAAGAAAAAUGUUGAAAAUAAAUUAAAUUCUGUAAAGAUACCAAUUUCAAUGGCAUUGUUGGAUCAAAUCAUUACUUUGAAAUCAAUUUCACAAAACUCACCAACAUCACCAAAUAUACCAUCAGGGUCUUCAUCCUCAUCUUCAACAACAACAUCACCAACAAAUAACACUGCUACAACCACCACAACAAACUCGACAACAUCACCCGUUGCUACAACUACAACACCAUUUACAGUUGAAUAUGAAAAUAAAAUCAAUUUAAUUAACGAAACAAUCAAUAAAAUUAUAACAAAGCAAAUACCAAAUAUUAAAGAGUUUGAAAAUAACUAUAUAGAUUUUGACUUCCCAACAGUUUUAUCGAAAGAUUCAAUUGUUAAUGAUAUUCUAAAUAGCUAUAAAGAAGAUUUAGAAGGUGAGCAAGCCAAUUGCGAUAUAGAGUUUGAAGGCUAUUCAAGCCAUCAUAAUAACUCAAUUUUCGGUCCAACCCCAUCACCACGUUCUGUUUUAGAUGAACAAAGUAGUAUUAUUAAAAACUAUAACAGUUUUAAAAUUCAUUGGGCCAGUAUUAUUCUCAAGAUUCACCAAGCUAUCAUUCAAAGUGGUCUCUAUCAAAACCUGCUUAAAAAGAUUGGUAAUGUUUUCGCGUCAUCUCAGUUAACUGCUUCACAUAUCCUUGUAAAUCAAAUGAAAGAUUCAAAAUAUGGUAAAUCGUCAAAUGCUAGUUUGUCCUCUGGCUCUUUAAAAUCAUUAUCCUCUAGCCAUGAUGAAAAUGCUACUGUUGCUAAACCCUCUAAAGUCGAUGAUCUCCAAUUAAGUGAAGUACAAUCAACAAGAUCUACACCAACCACUCCACCUUACUCUUCACCAUCCAAUCAUGGUAUUGGUGGCCAAUCAGCUGACCAAGAUGAGCAAAAAUCCAAAACAAAUUCUAGUAGCAAUGAAAAGCCUCAAAAACAACCAAUUACAACCUCACCAAAUUUGGGAAAGUCAUUGUUAACAAGUGCUUUAAAUGGUGGCCAAAGUUCAACAUCCAGUGGCAGCAAAGGCUCAAAUUCAAACUUCUCAUUGUCUGCUUUGAUGUCUGGUAAUAAUCGUGAUGCCCCUCCAGCCCUUAAAGAUUUAGCAGAGCGUUCAAAUAAAAUUGACCAAGUUAGAGGAUUUAGUGUAGAUGUUAAUAAUAACCCACAACAUCAAUUACAACCACCAACUUCUGCAACAAACUAUCAACAACCAUACAACCCAAAUAUUAAUAAACUACCAUCAUCAUAUGAAACUGAUCCAAUUUUGCUUCCAGAUGGCUCAGAGUUUAGUAAUGCUAGAAUACCAUCAAACCCAUCUUCAUUAAAUACAAACAAUAGUAUUUUAUCCUCUACACCAAACAGUAACCCAAUAUUUAUUUCACCUCCUUCAAACUCAAUUCCAAUGAAUAUUCAACAGCCAUCAAGUAGUCUUUUUUCACCUCCAUCCUCAAACCCCCUUUCUGGUUCAUUUGGUGUUCCAAACUUUUCAUCCUCGGCUAGUAAUAGAGCUGGUUUCUCAACCUCACCAUUUGACGUUCCUUCAUCAAGUGGUAUGCCUCCACAGAGACUUACUGAAUCAUUUUUCUCUACCAGUGCCUCAUCAAGAGCUCCACCUGGAUGUGAUGCUAUUCCAUUAUCAACAUCCUCGUCAUCAUCUAAUAAUGUUGGAAUUCAAAUUCCAGGCUCUCAACAACAAAAUAUUCAAACCGGUUUUGAAAUUUCACCAUCUCCAUCCAACCAACCAUAUUUGAUGACUAAUACUAUGAGUAACCCAAAUGUUAUUGUUCCAAAUAACCCAUUAUCAACAUCAGGAGGCUUUUCUAGAGGUCCAAUGAGCUAUCCACCAAAUAUUGAAUUAAAUCCACAAUCACAAACACAACAAUUACAAAACUCUGGUUCAAUUUUAAUUCCACAACAACAACAACAACAACAACAACAACAACAGCAAAUGACUCCUGGUAGUAUACCACAACCAAUUUUCUCAUCAUCACCAUCUCCAAGUGUACCUGCUAUUGAUACUAUUGUACCAGCCUCAUCAUCAUUCAAAGCCACAUCACAAAUUUCAUCGACUGCUUCACAAUCAUCAACAGCAAACAAUAGUGGUUCAAAUAAUGCUAAUAACUCUACAAAUAAUAAAGCAAAUUUAGAUAAUACAGUUAAAUCAUUAUCUAAACCAAUUGUUGGUUUCUCUGAUCUAACACUUCCAGAAUGGUUAGACAUUACAGUUUAUUGGAACUCUGAUUGUCAAGCAACCAUCAGUGAAUCUAAUGAGGAUAUUUCUUUAGAAAUUAGAAAGCUUUUAUUAUCAGAAAAAUCAGGUGGUAGAUUAGAUCAUUAUUUAGAAUGCACAUUGGUUUAUUUAAUCCAAAAGAAACUUUUAGAUAUUAUUAAAUCCAAAAUCGCCGACUGGGUAGAGCCAAUAUACAACUAUUGGAUUAAAUCUAUAAAUAUUCAAUACUACUAUGAUAUCAGUAAACAAUUCAAUUCAUUUUUAUCCAAAUUCAACUCUCAUCUUUGGGAUUUAAAGAAAUAUAAUGCAUUCCAAAACAGAAUAGUAAAUUUAAGAAGACAAUUUCCACCUUCACCCCCAAACCCAUCAACACCACUUUCCUCCAAUGUCACAAGCAAAGGUUUACCAAUUCCACUACAAUUAAAUUCUCAACAAGAACAAGCCGAAUUAUCAAAAAUAAUGAAACAAAUCGAAAGUGAUAUUUUAUAUUUAACAGCCAUUCAACAUCAAUCAUCUCUCAAAUAUUUAGAAAAGCUUUUAGUUGGUUUAAUGGGCCAUACUAUUGAUGAUAUUAGACAGGCAUCAGUUCGUUUAUUAAAUGUUAUUUACGAUGGUCACGAUUGGCAAUUUGAAGAGCCAUUAAAACCAGUUAUCAGAGUUAUUGGUGAUGCUUUCAAAGUUGAAAUAGAAUUAGAAAAUCAGUUACCAGAGGAUGUAUUGAAGAGAAUUCAUAUUUUAACUGUCCAACCACCAAACCAAAGAUUGACAAAUCUAGCCUUUAGUGUUUCCGCUUCUACCGAUGCAACUAAAAAACGUCAACAAAAUCAAUUUGACAGCAAUUCAACUAUUUCAACUAUUCUUAAUAAGCAUAAACCAAAAGUUGAUGGUAAUAAAAUUUAUAUAGAGCUACCAUCGUUCUAUAGAGCUGGGUAUUAUGAUUGGAAAAUUGUUGAAUUAUUACCAAAUGGCGAAUUUAAAUCAUUCGACUUUAACCAAUACAAAUUAAAAUUGAAUACACCAACACAAACCUCAAAUCUAUCAAGCUCAUCAAGCUCGACUGCUUCAAGCACAACAAUUCAAAAUGAAUUAAUUCAAGGUAGAUUUAUUGUUCAUCCAAAGCUUAGAGAGGAAACAAUGCAUGAAGUUUGGGUAGAUUUACAAGAUUCCGUAUGGGAUCCACAUAAAGGAGAAAUGGUCAAAAAAGGUACAAUUCAAAACUUAAUCGAUAGUUUAUCCCAAUACCAACAAGAAGGUAUUACUACACUUUAUGUUAUGGGCUUAUUGGAGAAAUUACAAUCAAACCAACCAUUGUGCCCAACUGAUAGAGACUUACCAAAUCGUUUAUUGGGUGGUAUACCACUAUUUAACCAAUUAGUAUCAAAAGCAAAACAAUUAGGCAUUAAAAUUGUAAUCGAUUCAACUACCCGUCUUUCAUCUAAAGCUGCUCAUAGAAAAUAUAAGGGUGUUGUUUGUCAUACACUUGAUAACAAUGGUCAAUUGUGUCGUCUUGAAGGUACCGAUUCAGUUGAAUUUAAUUGGAAUGAUUGUGUAUCAAUGAAUAUGCGUAAACUUUCAGUAUGGGAUAUGUUUGUUCAAGAGACAUUACUUUGGGGUGAAAGGGGUGUAGAUGGUGUCCGUAUUGAUAGUGCUCACACCUGUCCAUUAUUAUUUAGAUCAAAUCUUGAUGAACUUUAUAGAUUAGAUAGUGACGAUUUACCACAUUAUACAAAUCAACAAAUUUUUGAAGGUGAAAUUGUUAUGCGUCCAUCAGAAGAAGGUAAAAAUUUUGGUUACUGGGGAACCACUCCACCAUUACCAAAACAUUCAACUCCAUUUUACCCAAACCCAUUCUUUAUUAAAAUUACUAGAGAAAUUUGGAAUCGUUUCCCACAAUUUAUAUUCUUGGCUGAAGUAUUUUGGGAAAGAGAAUUACAUUCAAUUAUUUCAGGCUUGGUUCCAUACUCAUCAGCUAUUCCAAAAGCAUUGGCCUCUGUAUUUGAUAAGGGUAUCAGCAAAGAUGGUAUUGUAUUUGACCUUAGACAACGACAAACUGUUAAAGCCCUUUACGACUACUAUGAAAUGCGUAUGUCAACUUAUCCACAAAACUCUAUUAUUCUUUUCCCAUCCUCAACCCAUCAUUCACCAUAUCCACUUCAAGUUUACAAUGCUGGUGCUUGGGUGGCAGUCGAUAUGCUUUACUUUUUACCAGAAAUUCCAAUCACCUAUAUUGGUGAACAAAGUGGUUGGUAUUAUGCAGUAGAUAUUUCAACAGGUCGUGUUAAAGUUGGUAUGUCAUCAACACCAUAUCAAUUACAAUAUCCACAAAUUCGUGGUCACUAUCAACAUCGUGCUACUCUUCGUAGAAACCACACCUUACUCCGUCGUGGUGGUAUGAUUCCAUUACUAUGUUACAAUCAAAAUGGCUGGAGUGAUCGUGUAUUUGGCUUUGCUCGUUUCUCUGGUAAUGAAGUGGUAAUAAUUGCUAUCAAUUUCGAUAAUACUGAUACUGAAUUUUACGUAGAUUGCAGUCCAUUGGCCAAGAUUUGUAAUGAGCCAGAUACAAUUUAUAGAAUGGUCGAUCUUAUUAAUCCAAGUAAUCCACCACAGUACUUAUCAUUAAAUGAAUUACUUUAUGAAAAACAUUUUGUAGUAGCUCCAGGCUUCUCAUCAAUUUGUUGGGGUGUUUAUCAUCAAGUUAGCUCACCAGCUGCAACUCGUGUACUAUACGAACAUUCAAUGACACGUCUUAAACAAUUAUUAGCUGACAAUGUAGAUCCAAACCAUAAUUUAAUUUACUCAUUAAUUAAAAAUAGUUUAUCAGCUGGUGUCCAUGAAUUUGGUAAAUGUUUAGAAAAUAUAUUAUCAAACCUCUCUGGUAAUACCGAAAAAACAUUCAGUAGUUUCGUUCAAAGUGUAUUAUACCAUUUAACUCGUACUUUUGAAGGCUAUAAAAUCAUUUCAUAUUUACAAGUUUUAUCAAAGAACCAAAGUAUACCAAAGAUUCCAAAGAUUAGCAAAGAAAUUCUUCAACAUAAUAUUUUAGGUCCAAUAGUAUUUAUUACACCUGAAAUUGGUCGUUUCUCUACAGUUGGUGGUGUUGGUGUCAUGUUAGAUGAACUCACAAGAAGUCUUCAAUUAUUAGGUUGCGAGAUUCAUAUCAUUUCUCCAUACUAUAAUUAUGGUAAAGGUGGUAGAACUGGUUAUUUAGAAAAAGAAGAAGGUAUCACUUGGAAAAGAAAUGUUUUAACAUAUGUUGGUCCAGAUCGUGUUGAAGUUGGUGUACAUGAAGGUAUGGAUAAGGGUAUUCAUUUACAUUUCUUACAUCAUUUUGAAUAUUUCCCAACUCCUUAUAACUCUGGCUCGCCAAUUCACCAAUUGAAAACAAUUAUAUUAUUUGCAAAAGCUUCAUUGGAAUUACUAUGUCAAUUAAGAAUUUUACCAUCUGUUGUUGUUACAAAUGAUUGGUUUACAGGUUUAGUUCCAGGUUAUGCAAAAUCAGGUGCAUUUGGUACAACAUUUAAUGGCACAACCUUUUUCCAUUUAGUACAUAAUUUAGAAGAAGCAUAUCAAGGAAGAAUUUAUCCAGAUAGCGGUGACGAUCUUAGCUGGAUUCAUCAUUUACAUAGAGAUUUAAUUGUAGAUCCAUAUUCUCAUCAAUUAUGUUUAAAUGCAUCCAGAUGUGCAUUAUUAACAUGUAAUAAUUGGGGUACAGUUUCAAAAUCUUAUCUUUAUGAUUUACUUCGUACAAGUCAUCUUGCAAAUUUAUUACAUCGUUUCCCAGAGGCAUUUGCACAUUCAAAUGGUAUUAGGGUUAAAGAAAGAAAAGAAGCUAUGCGUAAAGUCUCAGCCGAUCAUUGGAGUGCCAAAGCUGAGCUUCAAAAGAAAUACUUUAACAAUGCAGAUAAAUCCAUUCCAGUUCUUUCAUUUGUAGGUAGAAUUGUUCUUCAAAAAGGUGUUCAUUUAAUUUUAAAUGCUGUUAGAGAACUCAUUCAACACUAUCAAGGUAAAAUUCAAAUUUUAGUUGGUGGUAUGGCAAAUAUGAAAGAUCCAUAUGCAAGCUCUUGUGCAUGGAGUAUGCAAGCCCUUUGCAAACAAUAUCCACAAUCAUUUUGGGCAGAUCCUGAUGCAUUCUUUUCAGAUGGUCCAUUAGUAAACUUGGGUUCAGAUUUUGGUUUAAUGCCAUCUCUUUUUGAACCAAGUGGUGUAGUCCAACAAGAAUAUUUUGUUGCUGGUACCCCUGUAAUUGCAUUCAAAACCGGUGGUCUUAAAGAUACCGUCUUUGAAUACAAUACCCAAACAGAACAAGGUAAUGGUUUCACCUUUGAAGCCCACAAACAUACCGAUUAUGUUCAAGCUAUUCAUCGUGCUAUAAAUAUCUUUAAUAAUCCAUCUCAAUAUGAAAAAAUUCGUCAAAGAGCUGAAGAAUCAGUCUUAGAUAUGUCUGUUGUUGCAGAAGCUUGGGCAAGAGAAUUUAGCAGACUUAGAAGAUCAAUUUAUUAUGACAAAAAUAAAAUUGAUGAAGAAAUUGAAAAAAUUGAAUCAUCAUUACAAACCGAUAAUAACAGUAAUAUAAGUUCAAAACAAAAACAACAACAAGAAAAUAAUUUAAAAGUUGAUGAAGAAAAAGGUAUCCCACAACAAUAA